CCCAGUAAGACUGAGCUGGGUUCAAUAAGACGUAAGUUUUCGAAGCCAACAAAACCUUCAACAAUAGCAACAUGGCAAUGGCCAGCAACGUACGGUUCUUUGGCAGUGCAAGGAUUUAUUAUAGAGGCAGGAAUGUCUUUCUGGGAAACCAUUUGAAUGCAGCAGGUGUGGCAAAAGCAUUAUGCAGCACUUCCACAGGGAUCAACAACACAAAUAACAUAUCCAGUGAAGGCAGUCCAGAUGCUCCAGGGCUUGUAACAUGGAAGUCCUCCAAAGCAGAGCAGAUUCUUGUGGAGAAAUCAGAAAAAGAUAUGCCUAUUGAAAUGCCCAACCCAUAUGAGCGAGAAAAAGUUUGUUGCAUACUUUGCAAGUACAACAUAAAUCUUAAUUUCAAGAAUGUAAGGCUACUUUCUCAGUUUGUCUCCCCAUACACUGGAAAACUCUAUGGAAGGAACAUUACUCGCUUGUGUCGAAGACAGCAGGAAGAGCUAGAACAGCAAAUAAGAAAAAGUAUAGCUGCAGGAUACAUGGCUGCAAAGAUGAAGAGUUUAGAUUUCUUGAAGGAUCCCAAGUUAUUUGACCCCAGCAAUCCAGUGAGACCUCAUAAUUAUUAAUCAGUAACCCUGCAUCUAUGGAGUUCGCUAAUAUUUGUGCAAGCACAAAUUCAUUUGUAUUUGCAUAUUAAAAUUGUAAAUAAGUUCUGCA